UAUUUUUUAAAGUUGUUUUUUUGUUAAUAUGUAUUAGAUCUUAAAUUUGAUUAUUUUUUCAAAAUAAAUAUUAUUUAGGAUGUUUUAAAUACGGAGUUAUUCCUCUUUGCUUAGGGCCUUGGAAGGGUUUUUCAUAUUUAACCAGAAAUAGUAGCUAAGGGUUUUUCAUAUUUAACCGGAAAUAGGAGCUAUUGGAUUAAGCACAUAAUUUUGGCGCUGAGCAUGACACAAACAUUCCAGAGUGUUCACAGCCGGUGCAGUCAGGUGGUAACUACAUCAUGUGGUACAGAGUAGAUCAGGGCACUGAACCAAACAACAAGAUUUUUUCUAUCUGCACAUUGAAAACCGUUGGAGACCAGAUAACUAAGAUAUCAUGUCUUGAAAGCAGAUCUACACAUAUCAGCAUGUGUGGUAAUGGCGUAGUUGACCAUGGUGAGGAGUGUGAUGCCGGGGCCAUUGGGUUAAUCAACGCUGACAUUUGCUGUACAAGGGACUGCAAAUUUCACCCUGGUGCUGUAUGCAGUGAUAUAAACACACAAUGCUGUGCCAACUGCCUGAUGGCCCACCGCGGGACUGUUUGUUAUGACCCCCAUGUGGUAGCUUGCAGGAGAAAAAGUUACUGCACUGGUGACAGCUAUACAUGUCCAAGGCCUCAGAACCUGCCAAACUGGACACCAUGUUUAGAAGGAGGUAUGUGCCACAAUGGUGAAUGUAAGGGUUUCUGUGAGAUCAAGUCCUUGAGACGUAACCUGUCAUUGAAAGCUUGCAUGUGUAUUGAACCUGACGAAGAUGUCUGCAAGUGGUGUUGCUAUGACAACAGUGACCCGAAAAAUCCAGGACCAUGUGUAGCACACUCUACAGUAAUAAUGAAAAACGGACGUUCAUGCUACUAUGGUUACUGUGAGGAUGGUGUGUGUAAAAGUAAGGUUGUGUCAAGUAUAAGAAGGAUUACAUCCUACAUCCAGUCAGUCCCUCGCCUGGGAUACAUCAAGUUCCUGAAGUCCAACAUUGUGUUCUUGGUGGUGACGUCAAGCCUAACACUCUGGUAUCUGCACUUUUUGGCUGUAUCUUAUUAUCCUAAAGUUGUAGACAUGUGGUAUCAGUAUUUAGAUGAGAGGUCCGCUGAGUCGGACGAAUUAGAAUCUGUCCAGGCACAAGGUGUCCAAAAUGACCAGGAAAUCAAGCAACUUCCAAAAGAUUACAAUACAACCAGUCUAGAGUUGAGCGAUACCACCUUGAGGGAGCCAGAAGUGGAGACAAAACAUUUCACAUCCGAACAGAGUCAAGAUACAGGCACCAGAUCAUUUCCAUAUGAUUCAGUGACAACAGUCUCUGGCACAAAAAAGUUAAGUACAGCCUCUGACAAAAGUGGUUCAACUCGUUUGGAAUUGUGAUAGUCUCACUGAUGGAAACAAAACAUGCUUGUCAUAAAAUAUUUGUGGAGCUACAUGCACCGAAGCAAAAUAUGCUUGUUAUAAAAUAUUUGUGGAGUUACAUGGACGCACAGAUUCCUGGUCAUGGAGUACAUCUCAGCGGUUGGGCCACCAGCACAUUUUGUAUUCACAUUUGUAUUGUGUUCUCAACGGGUUCAAUUCUUUUUGUGAUAUCAAGGUUGAGAUGCACUGACAUUCAAUUAAACCUUUUCAUAUAUAUUUUUUAGUCUAUGUUAAAAAAGUUUUGAGAUCCACUGCCCAUAAACCUUUUAUAUUUGUGUGUGUGUUAUAUUAAUUGAUUCAUUGGAUGAUGUAUUUCAGUCAUUGUUAUGUUGAUUAAUUAAUUGGACCAAAUGUGUUAUGUACAAAGUUUGUUUAGACACUCAGCAAGUUUUAUGCAAAUAAAGAAAAGUGAAAUGA